AUAACGAGAGAGGGAGCGUAAAAGGCGGGUGGAGAAAAAGUUGUAGUAGUAGAAGAAGAAAGAAUAGAAGAAAAACAAGCUAUAAGAGUAGUGGUCGUUGUAAUAGAACAAGAAGACGAAGAAGAAACGUGCAAUUGCUGCACCUCUCCCACCUUUAAAUUUAACGUCCGCUGUCGCUGUUACUACUACUAGUUUCACAAGUGUCUCUUUGCCCCACCCACGCACUUUGACACCGCCACCACUACCAUCACAACUGUCUCAGCUAAUAUUUUUGUCAGUUGUUCAACUCCCAUCGCAGAAACUAGCUACAACAACAAUAACAACACUGACAAUCACCGAUGACCACCACCACUCUCGGUGUGGUACCCACCACCACUGACGACUACCAAGACUAUACCCACCACUAACUACAACAGCUACUACUACUACUACUACUACUACUACUACUACGAUGCAGAUUUGUUCCAAUCCGUCAACACUGUGUCACCAAUACCAACAUCUAACACCACCACCACCAGCAACAACAACAUCAACAACAACUACACGUGAAAACAAGCUAACGAACUGGUUACACGUGGUCGCUCGAUCUGCUAAAUAUAACAGCUAAAUCCCCAUUAGCUUACAUUUUAAGAUAAAAACAGAUAUACGUUGGAUUAUUGUACAAGAUGGGUUUAUUUUGCGUGAUAUGACCACAGCUGGAAUGUCUUCGAUGAUACGUCUGCUCGACCUAGGUUGACCUGGGGCAAAACAAAGAACAACAACAACGUCAAUAAUACUACGUACCCAGCCACCUCUACUGCCAGUAGCACCACUACCACUGCCAUUAAUAAUACUGACAACAAUAACAACAUCAGUGUAGACAACAUCAAAAAUAACUUUCAGCAUCAACAAAGGCAAAUAGCAUCAACAUUAACAUCAACUGUUGCCACUGUACACAAGGAGGGUGUUGUUCCCGCCGCCGUCGCCCGACUACCACCACCACCACCACCGCCGCCGCCGCCGCCGCCGAUGCAGAAACGAAGAUCACCAGCGCUACCACUCUUAGAACCAUCAUCUCUACUACACUAUAGCAAUACCAACAUUUCAACUGCUUAACACUGCGUCUCGAUCCAAUUUCCUGUCAAUCUCCACCACGCCACUGCCAUCACCAAAACACCACCAAUCCUCCUCCCCUCCUCCUCCUACUACUACGCAGAACCGUCUUAUCAGCAAUAUAGGCCCCUGGACAAAUCAAUGCACUGGACCCUAUAUUUAUUUAUUUACCGAAAGCAAACUACUGCAUACAUAGAUAAGUAUUGGGGCCCUAGGCUUGUGAGGGCCCCGGGCAAGUGCCCAGUGUGCCCAAGCCUUAAGACACUACUACUACCCGGAUCACAUGGAACACCUGGUAGACACGGCAGGAUGAUGUAUUGAGUCGCAGCACAGUAAACUCGGCAUGCCGAAAAUCUCAAUCUCCUGCCGGCUUCACUACGGUUUCUAUGGAAACAGAGAGGGGCCACAUCCAGCGAGACGCGUCGGCAGCGUUUCGGAGGGCCACUCGACCGUGGGGACAGCGCGGACGGCUGUGAGUCACUUCCGGGGACAAACCACAACACAGGAUUUUGGUUUAACUGAAGAAAGAAAAGUAGACAUCGAUGCACAGAAGGAAAACAUGGUAUCAACACUGACUGUUGGCUGUUUAGCUAACUCUCGAAAUGGAUUUAACUGUAAUGGAUUAUGGAAGGGCACCAGAAGACUUUCGAUCAAAAACUGCAGUAAGGAACCUCAGAAGCAGGAAAGUAUUCUCAUUGAUUCUGAUCACCCUGAACACAUUCCUCAAUGCAACACAGAUUUCUCAAAGUCUACAGAGACCACAGAUGAAGGACAUCUCUUCACCAGUUAUUGUACACUUGCUGAAAAUUCUAAGUGUGCAAUAUUGAAAACAUUAUCUCCUGUUAACCAUAACAAAAUCUCUGGGAAUGUAUCACUUAAUGAAAAUCCUCAAAUCACAAGAGAUUGCAGAAGCCAGGAAACUGACAUUAAAUCAGAAUACUCAAAUGAAUUUUGUCAUGAGAGAGUAUCACCUCAAACUUGUAUGGAAUUGGAUAGGGAGAUGUAUAAAUGCCUUAAAGAGAAAAAUGCUCCCUCUGUCAAAGCAAGUUCUGAUGUUAUUGCUCAAGAUAAGGUGAUAAAGUGCAGCAGUCUGUUCCACCCAGCAAAACCUCGGGAAUGCAACAAUGUUAUUAAAAGUGAUAGUUUGAUUACAAAUGAAACACAGGAGCUGAAAGAUGGAGACUGCUUGAUGAGAAAAUCAGAGUGGUCCAUGGAACUACCAUCAUAUCCUGUUGAAACAUUCAUUAUUAGAACUAACCCUGUGGCCAGAAAUUUCUGCUCAGUGCUAAAAGAUACGAGCUCAGUUCUUAGUUCCAAGUGUAAAGAAACAAAAAUGGAAGAUUGCCAACAGAAGUCUUUAAGGGAAUCAAACAUCCAAACAAAUAUAAUGAAAUGUUCAUUUGCCACAAUAAAUCUUGCACCUUGUCAAAGAGUCAUUAAUAAUGUCAACAGCAGUAUUAAAACAAUAUCUAGCAAACACAUUUUAGAGGAACCUGUUUCUCCGAAGUUGGCUUUUGCAGAUGGCAUGAAAAACCAGACCAACUUUUUAAACGACAACAACAACAGCAGCAGCAGCAGUAGUAGUAGUUGCAGUUCUGAAAAGCAUGAAGCUGUGAGUUUCAGGCAUCAAAAUGGGUUACAGCUACAGAAGAAUGGUGAGACAUUUCCAGAAACGUCAGAAGAAUCACAAGAAUUGGUUGUUUCAGAAAUGAAGAGAUAUCAGCAAUGGAAAGAGCAAUGUUGUUCCACUGUACAAGAGAGAGCACCAGCAGUCAGAGCUGACUUAGAAGAUGUUACAGUGAAGGCCGGUUCUUCAGCUGUCUUUGAAUGGAAAGUGGAUGGUUUGCCACAACCCAGUCUGCUCUGGAAACACAAUGAUGUGAUACUAACAGAGAAUGAGUUAUACAAGAUUUCCUAUGAUGGUCAAUCUGCCAUUCUACAGUUGCAGGAGUCACUUGCAGAAGACGCAGGAACCUAUGUAUGUACAGCAACAAAUAGAGCUGGUUCUUGUGAAACAAGGGCAGAACUUUCUGUGCUUGGCAUCCCACCAACAAUAGUGCAGUCUAUAGAAACUGUGACGGCACUGAGGGGGAGCCCCACUCGGUUGCAGUGUUGUGUCACAAGUGACCCUGAAGCUACAGUUUCAUGGAUAUUCAAGGGCAAAGAAAUUCGUUCAGAUGGCCGCAUCCAGAUAACUCAUGACAGGGACCUACAUUACCUUGUCAUCAGUCAUGUGAUGCCAGAAGAUGACGGCUGCUACCAGUUCACAGCUACUAACCCAUUGGGUAACUUAAUAUGCACAAGUUACAUUAUAGUUAAAGAAAAUCAAGAGACUUUUCAAGAAUUCCAAACAAUUCCUAAAUUCACUGAAGGAAGUAAAUUCAGCACCAGUGAAUCCAGAGAAGGCAUUGGAACCAAUGAUACCAGUGAAACCUGUCUGCCAAAAUAUUCCAGCUUUUCUUCCAGUCCUACUUCAGACCACACACCAGCAACGAAUGUUGUGCUUGCUAAAAAUUAUCUUUCUAGUCGACUGCAGAGCCUUGCAGGUUCAAGUUCUGCAACAGACCCUCCAAGUUGUAACCAAGGGGGACUCAUACAGGGAAUACUUGGGGUAUCAGAAAUGUGCAAGGGAGAAAGCAAGGGUAAUACUGAAAACAGAAUGGAAAAGACUGUUUGUUGCCCUCAGUUCGGAGAAACUGGGGAAGAAAUGUCCCAGAUGAGGACAUUUAAUUCUAAAGACAAUGUUUCUAGGACAUUUACCAAUAUCACAGGAAACUUUACCACUGCUUCGGAGAAGUUUACCUCAGCUUCAGAAAAAUAUACCUCUGCCUCAGGGAACUUUACCACUGUUCCAGGGAAAUCUACCAUUGCUCCUGGAAGAUUUACAUCUGUUUCGGGAAACUUUACCAUUGCCUCGGGAAAGUUUACAAAUACCUCAAGCAACUUUACCACAGAAACUUUACAACCUCAGAUAGUUUUUGCUCGGCAAUUUCGUAAGGAAGACACUUACAGCUUCCGGUCAGAGUCAACAGUUAAAUCUCCCCAUUCAGGCAGAUUACUCAAGCAAUUCACAGCAUCAGCAAGUAAAGAAAAGGAACUUGCUCAAGGGCUGAGAGCUGCUGUUGAGAAAAAAUUCAAGAUGACAUCUUACAGUAACAUUGAUGAUGAAGAUCAAUUGGAGAAGAUCUUGGAGAAAGUGGACAACUUUGAAGAACGGAAGAAGAUUCGUGCACGACUUCGGGAAAUUAGAGAAAAGCAGAUGAAGGAAUGGGAAGAGAAGCGCCGUGAGAAUGAAAAACUUGCAGACAAUGCUCUUAAAGAAAAGGUGAAACGGGCAGAUGAGGAGAAGCAGAGGGUUCUGCAACAGUUCAAGGAAAAUGCCAGCUUGACCAAAGACAUGGAAGAUCUACGCCUGAAGGCAUCACAGUCUGGCUUGAAGGACCGGCAGCGUAUGGCUGAUGAGGAGAAAAAGAGGAAGCUGGAAGCUUUCGACCAGCUUGCGAAGAAGGACAAUGUGACCACAACCACAACUACAGAAACAAGUGGAGGCUCACCAAAAGAGGGAACUGAGAAAUCAGGGGAUUCUACAGAAGAUGAGGCCAAUAAGAACAAGGAUUGUUCAGAAACCAGUAAAUCUGGUGAAGGUGAUAAAGAGAAUAUUGACUCACCAAAAGAGGGAACUGAGAAAUCAGGGGAUUCUAUAGAAGACGAUGUCAAUAAGAACAAGGAUUGUUCAGAAACCAGUAAAUCUGGUGAAAGUGAUAAAGAGAAAAUUGACUCACCACUAGAAGUAACUGAAAAAUCAGGGAAUCCUACUGAAGACGACGUAAAUAAGGACAAAAAUUGUUCAGAAAACAAUAAAACUGGUGAAGGUGAUAAAGAGAAUAUUGACUCACCAAAAGAAGGAAUGGAUAAAUCAGGGAAUUUUACAGAAGAUGGUGGCAAUAAGAACAAAAAUUGUUCAGAAAAUAGUAAAACUGAAGACUCACCAAAAGAGGGAACUGAAAAAUCAGGGGAUUUUACAGACGAUGUCAAUAAGAACAAGGAUUCAGAAACCAGUAAAUCUGGUGAAGGUGAUAAAGAGAAUAUUGAUGAAUGCAAUGAGUCUAAGACAGAAUCAAAAGAGAAUCAAGAAGAGAAGACAGAUACACAGACUGUGGUCACCAAAGAUGAUAGUGGUGGUAUGAAAGAAUGUACUGAAACAAAAACUGUAUCAGCUGAUGGAACUACAACUACAGUGACCAAAAUGACCAAAAUUGUAUCAGGCAAUCCCUCAAUGAGUUCUACAAUAAUUGCUGGUGGUGCUGGAUCACAAACCACAACAACUGAAGUAAAGACUGCUGCAGGUAGGCACAUGGCCAACUGACCAUCUACUAGCAAAUUUGAUCUCCUUCUCAGU